AAUGAACGUAUAGUACCAGGGUUACAAACUUGCCCUGUUCUUUUAUAGAUGUAACAGUGAGCUAAAAUAGAUUUUAUAAGUUUGUGUGGGAUUUCACGGUUUGCUAAUUUUUGCUUAACCCCUUUUAAGCCAGGCAUGCAGUGUGACGCUACAUAAUCCACAUUUCUACAAUCAGCCUCAUAGGAUUAACUUUAUUUACGUAAGGAGAAAAGGUAAAACUACAAAACUUUAGAGCAAAGUGUGGCUGUUUUCAGUCCACAACAUUCCAGAUUUCACAUAUUUGCCCAUUUUUUUCUGUGAUUUUUAGCCAUAUAAAGUUAGAGAGAGAGACCGACAGACACACAAAUACAUAUUUUUAGUCAUUUUUUGCAGUUAAAUAGUUCUGCUUUUUUUUAGAUUAAAAUUACAAAAUAUAUUUUAAUAUUUUAAAUUAAUUUAUAUAUUGUGUAUUAAUAUUCUUUUUAUUUAAUUUAUAUAUUAUUUUUUUGUAUUUUUUUAUAAGUACAAAUUUUCCAUGUCUCGACUGAUAUGAGGUCAUAAAAACAUCAUGGAUAAUAUCUGAACAAAAAUAGAAAUUGUUUAAAGCUGUUGCAGACAAAAAUGUCACAAUGUCACAUCAAUAGACGCUCCUGUCAUUGCUUUAAAUUUCCUGUCAACCACCCAAAAACAAAUUCAAUCAUCCUAAAAAUAAUUUGAAUUGGCAUGAUUCUCCUUAAAUGUUCCUCCCAGCCUUGCUAUUUAGGGAUCACACUUACACAAGCACACAAAAAUGGCCAAACAGCAAUACACUGAGAUUGGAGAUUAGAAAUUGUGGCCCUGUCUUAGAGGAUCAGCUUUAGGGAUAAAUCUCAGACGCAGACCCACUCCAGAUCACUCACCAAACGCGUUCAGGACCUCCAGCUCCAGAGCCAAGAAGGGAAAAGGUAAGUAAUUGAUUAGUUUAACUGAUAGCACAGUUACUUACUUUUUCUUCAGUGGAUGUUUUUAACAAUCAGAUGUGAAUUAGCAUUCAUUUAACGGUGAUGUAAGUAUUCGUUUAGAGAAAAAGUAAAGUAAUUGGCUUUUAAAGUAAAGUAACUUAAAGUAAUUCUCUUAAAAUUACAGACUUAACAUUUUUCCUACAGAACAUGUGAAAGAUAUUCAUUUUGAAUUAUUAAUCAGGUUAACUGGAGAAAUUAUAUAAUGUCAUGAUUUAUGUCAAAAACAGUCAUUUCUAUAUGGGACUUAAAUUUUUUAUAUGGUAUGAUUGGUUUAGAAGUUUUAGUUAAUAAUAACGUGUGUUUUUUUUGUGUCAUAUCAUCUGCGAAAUUGUAAAAUAUUGUGUGCCUUUAAUAUCAGAAAGCACAUUUAUAAUUGUUAUUAACUGAUACUUUGAUAAAAGCCCUGUUUGCUUGAUAAUUAAUUAGCGUACAUUUCUCAAAGCACGAUGCGGAGAGAAGCUUAAGUCUUCUCUAUGGUUGGUUUUGUCCUGUUGGUUGUGUCAUAGCACACAGAUGAAUCCUCAUCCUUUCUCUUUGACAAAUAGUCCCUAAAGCUAAUAGGUUUUGCAUUGUGAGAAGCUUAAAGUGCUUCUGUGGGGCUGGAUUUCCCAUUUUUUGUACAGAACUGAUCUCCGCAUUCUCUGAACCUCUACGCUGAUCCCAAAGUCUCCUUUUGUUUCAUAAGAGCCUUAUCUCAAGAUUUCUCAUGUGCUCUGGAAAACGUAUGUUAAGUCACGGGUCAAUAGCAUUCAAUGAGCCUCCAAAAACCAUGUUACAUCAUUUUAAAAUAGAAGUCUUACUAUUUGUAAAUUGUUUUGUGGGAUGAAUUGAAAGAAUGCAGUUUUUGUAGUAGUUAAUCAGCUCAAACUGGUUUGUGCAAAUGUUUUACCAGAUUUACAUUCAUUGAUAUAUGGUUUUACGCUUAUCAAGAAAAGGAUGUGGAUGUGAUGAUUCAUACAAACAAAUUUGCCAUAUUUUAUACUAAUAAAAUAUUCUGAACGUUUUAGAAACAUGUAGAAUAUUUUAUUUGAAGUUCCUAUAUGUUAUGUUUACAAUACCUUUUUGAACUGUAUGUUCUCUGUUUGAUUAUGGUGCCGAUUGUGGUGAUUAAAGGAACUGCACCCUGACACUUCCUGCACUAAUUAAACCUGCACUGUUGUGUGUUUUUUAUCUUUUACGUCACUGGCAUUCUACCAAAAAGCAAUUGUUUACAAAACAUCUUCACAGAAUCCCUCAGGAGGCAGAAACGAUGUUUGAGUACUUCUGUAGCGAUUGCUCAUGGACGUGCGGCUUGGGUGCGUUUGUGGUGUUGUGGGUUCUGGUGUGGUUCUACCGGGACAACCUUGAGAUUACCAGGGUCUCAGAGAAGCACGUCUUUGUGACCGGUUGUGACUCUGGUUUCGGACACCUACUGUGUAAACGCCUGGACAAACGUGGUUUCCGCGUCCUAGCCGGGUGUCUCACGGAAAAGGGUGCUGAUGAUCUGAAGAGGGCGACGGGACCUUUCCUGAAGACCUGCAUCUUGGACGUGACCAGCACAACCAGCAUUCAGAAGGCUGUGGAAUGGACCAAAAAAGAAGUUGGAGAUAAAGGACUUUGGGGUUUGGUGAACAACGCCGGACGUUCUCUUCCAAUGGGACCAUCUGAGUGGAUGAAAAUUGAAGACUUUGAAAGCACACUCAAAGUCAACAUGACUGGCGUGAUCGAGACGACCAUGAACUUCUUCCCUCUUGUGAAAAAGGCCCGUGGAAGAGUGGUGAACGUGGCGUCAGUGUUGGGUAGAGUGGCAGCUAAUGGCGGUGGUUAUUGCAUCUCGAAGUUCGCUGUGGAGAGCUUCUCCGACUGUCUCAGAAGGGACAUCCAGAAUUUUGGUGUCAACGUGUGCAUCAUUGAACCUGGUUUCUUCAAAACGCAGGUGACCAGCUUGGAGCCCAUCGAGAGGGAACUUCAUCGCCUCUGGAACCAACUGACCCCCGAAGUGAAGGAGAGUUACGGAGACAAAUACUUGGAUAAAUACAUCAAGAUCCAGAGGUUGAUCAUGAACGCCAUAUGCGACUCCGACCUCAGUAAAGUGACCAACUGCAUGGAACACGCCCUGCUGGCCGUCCACCCAAGAACACGCUACAGUGCAGGCUGGGAUGCCAAGCUCUUGUGGAUCCCCUUGUCUUAUAUGCCCGCUUGUUUUGUAGAUAUUGCGCUUAAGCUGGUGAUGCCAAAGCCAGCAAAAAGUGUCUAGAUUUGGUGUGUGAUUAAAAGUAAUUUUAGGCCAGAUACUUUUAACUCUUACCUUUGGUUCCCUUCUGAUACACUGGAAGAUGCUCUAUAUAUGCUCUAAUCUUAAAUUAUUCCAAACUUUUGACCAGUAGUGUAUCUCCACACCAAGCCCUUUAUCUUAUUUCUCAUUGGCGUGUUCUUGCCUAAUAAGUGACAUUUGCAGUAACUUGCCUUGAAAAUGCAUCACCAAUUUGUGCCUGUUGGUCAUCUGCUGUAUGUGUUGCUAGAGUGCCACAGUGACUUUGACUUUUGGCAUUAUAUAUUUUGUAUGAAACUGUCAGAGAUUGCUUGACCUGCCACAUUAUGAUUAUUUUAACGGAAAAUUUGCAGGCAAACUGUAUAAACAUAAUUUAAUAAACGUUAUAAUAAUUUUU